CUGGAACUUGCAAGUGUAACUUUAAAGGCAAUUCUGUUCCCGUAUCGUAUAACCAAACGUUAAAAAAAUCUAAUCGUUGAGCUACUUAUAAGUUAAUUUUUUUUAAUCGAUGUUUACGAAAUGCGAUCGAGUUUCUCGUGAUACAAGUCUAUGGAGACAUUGGAUGUGUUGAAUUUACGAUCGGACGAAUGUUCGUUCUUAGAGACCGUCUUAGUCGACGUAAGACGUUACGUCGAUAUUUCCGUUUCGGGAAACAAAAAGGAUAUUGUGUUGGUUUUCCCACCAUUAAAUCCGCGUAAACGCUUUUUAAUACAUGCAUUGAUUCAGAGUCAAUUUAGAGAGCUGAACUCUUUAUCUAUUGGAACGAGUUACGGAAGACGCAACGUAAUUUAUCAUUCGUUUAUUCAGCCAAUAAUUUGCAAUACAGAAAUGGAACAACCAAAUAAUGAAAAUUGUACUAUCGAAAUACAACGUCCGUAUAGAACACCAAUUGAACGAAAAGCUCAGGAAAAACUUUUUCAUUUGCUUAAGCCAAAGCAAACUGACAACAAUUCAAGGAUUACUCCACGUAAGCCAAGCAAAAGACCAGAUAUUCCUAUUUAUGUGCCUAAAGCACGACGAGCGUCUAGUCAUGAUUCCAACAUUAAGUCUACUACCUUGUCGUCUUCUGGUUCACCUACCAUGAGGAAACCUUGUAAAAAUAUAAUAAUAUCUCAAAUCGAUAGCGAUAAUUCUUUAGUAAAAAAAUGUGAUAAACGUACUAAAUCUAAGUCUGGUCUACCAAGUUCAGAAUGUAUAAAUGAAUUAAAUCAAGUUAACGUACCUUGUUUUGAAGAUAAUGAACUGUUAUUGCAGAAAUCAGAAUCCUUAAAUAACACAACUAUUGUUGAUAGAUCAAUAGAAGUUGCAUUGACAGCUAAAACAGAAAACUCUUUAACUGAUGAAAAGGUUUUUAGUAGUGAUGUAGAUGAAAUUAUUAGUCAAAAGAUAGUAGGAAAUAAAGAGAACAAAUGUUUAGAGUUUUCAAACACGACUUCUGAUACGGCAACAAAUAAUCAAACAAGUGUUCCUGCCUCGAUGAUCUCAAAAGACUUUCAGUGUUCGUUACCCACAAGCAAUAUUAUACAUAUUAAUAACUCUCACUCACCGGACUUGUGUAAUAAAAUGUCUGUUGAUGGAGAUCACCUAAUGACUACCGUUUUGGAUUUGACUAAAGAAGAAAAUAUUGGCAAUGAGUUGAUCAGUGAUGACAAUACUGAAAUUGUUAAAGUUAAAGGCAAUAUGGAAAAGUUAGAUUUUGAAUCGAGUGUAAUCAAUGAUCUUUCAUUGUUAUCGCAGGAACACGAAACACUUUGUCCUAACUACUCUUUAGACGAUAGUUUUACCAGUGGAACUAUCAGAGAUACAGAUGAAGAAAGUGUCAAUUCAAAAAAAGUUGAAAAUUUGAGUGAAAUAUUAAAUAACGAGCAACGUUUAGAAUCACCAAAAUGCGAAUCUCCUAUCGUAGAAGAAACAUUAGUAAAAAAAACCAAGGAAAAAAAGAAGAAAAAAAAAAAGAAAAUUUUAAAUGUUGAAGAAUGUAGUUGGGAAGAUUUAUUUGACAAAGAAGAUGACUACAUUCAUCCGUUACUUAUGAAAGAAAUAGUCACAUCGAUGGGUCAAGUUCAAGUGAAGCGAACCGAAGAAGAUUAUCGUAGUUACCAAACUGUGGAAGAACGUUCUGGCGACGGAGAAUGUGUUAUAGAGGUCUAUGGUUUUUCACCCCAACUCAAAACAGUCGAUUUGAUGAAUCAGUUUGCAGCAUUUCGAAGAAAACAUUUUGACAUCGUCUGGGUAGAUGAUACACAUGCAUUGGCCGUAUUUGAGAGUCCAAAUUAUGCUGAUCAAGCAUUAAACACACCUUUUGCACUUGUGAAAACUAGACCACUUAAAGAUGCAAUUAGAGAGUCUAAAUUAAAAGCUGAAACGAUUGCACCACUUCCAGCUACUAGACCUAAGACAUGCACAGCAAUGGCUAGACGUUUGGUCAGUAGUGCUCUAGGUUUAAGAUUAAAUGUUACGCCCGAAACAUUGAAUGCUGAGCGUACAUUGUUGGCCAACGCCAAAGAGAAAAAGAUACGAGAUGCUCAGCUAAAGCAAAAUAUUUGGAAUGAAAAUAUGUGAUAAAAGAAUGGUUCUAGUUGACAAAAUUUUAUGACUAAGACAUGGUUUAUGUUUUGUAAAUUAUUAGUUUUUAUGUACAUUUUGUCACUAUCCAUGAUAUGUUACUAUGUUAUUGUUUAAGUAACUAUACUUAGCGAUGAAAUAUUUUCUGAAUCAUUUAUAUUACUAUAAUAAGUGAUCGGUAUUUUAUGCACUGUUUUUUAUUACGUGUUUGUUAUUAUAUUAUAAUUAUCUGUUAUUUUUUGUGUAAAGAGUUUUAGAAAAGAUUUCUGAAAUUCAAGUAAAUUUAUGAUGACACCAUUUGUACUUUUUAAUGAGGAAUUUAAAUGUAACAUUUUUAUGUU